AUGACGAGGGACUCGACGUCCGCGUCGUCGUCCAAGGCGCACGCGGACCCGGCGACCGAGGCGAGCGACCGCGAUGCGCGCGUGAACGAUGACGCCUCGCGCAAGAAGCAGCUGCAGGUGGGCGAGUCGCAGCGCAUGAGCCGCGGCUAG